AUUUCUUCACCUCUUCACCUCUCUACCCAAAAACCAAGUGGCGAUGACGCCCCUCUCUCCAUCUCUCCAUGUCUCCACUCCAAAACACUCACCACUCGCCCCACGGUCUCGCCCCAUCAAACCCCACCCAGCCAUUGCCCUCCUCCAAAUUUCCCGAACCCACGGCGAGCUCUCCCAGAUCCACUCCCUCCUCAUCAAAACUGCUCUCAUCCGGGAGAAGCAUGCCUUCGGCCGCCUCCUUCUCUCCCUCGCCUCCCUCUCCCAUUCAGACGCCCUCGAACAUGCCCGGAAACUCUUCGAUGGCCCCGAUUGCCCGAAGAACACCUUUGUCUGCAACUCCAUGAUCAAGUCUUAUUCUCACUUCGGCGACCCAAAGUCGGCCCUUUUAGUCUUCUCCCAAAUGGUGCAUGAGGACUUGGUUCUGCCCGACGAGUUCACCUAUACUUUUGUUCUCAAUGCUUGCUCCAAGUCGCCACUCAUCUCCGAAGGCAAGCAAGUCCAUGCUCGGAUGGUCAAAACCUCGGCUUGGGUCAGCACUCAUUCGUGGAACUCCCUGAUGGAUUUCUAUAUGAAGACAGGGGAGGACAUAUGGAGAGUCCGUCGGAUUCUUUGCUCGAUGCAUGAGCCUGAUAUUGUCUCGUGGAACUGUUUGCUUGAUGGGUACGUAAAGUUGGGAGCUUUGGAUGAUGCGCGGAAGUUUUUCGAUGAGAUGCCACAGAGAGAUACAGUUUCUUGGACUACAUUGCUCGCGGGCUAUGUAAAUGCUGGGUUGCUUGAAGAAGCAUGCAAUUUGUUUGAUGAGAUGCCUGAACGUAACAUGGUCUCUUGGAGUACAAUGAUUAAUGGGUAUGCGAGGUCUGGUUGGUAUAGGGAGGCUUUAGCUCUGUUCAAAGAGAUGCAGGUCUCGGAUGUUAGAGUAGAUAAGAUCACACUGACGACACUGCUCUCUGCUUGCGCUGGAUUGGGUGCUUUCGAUCAAGGUCGGUGGAUUCAUGCUUAUAUUGACAAGCAUGGAGUUGAAGUGGAUACCCAUUUGUGCACCGCUUUGGUUGACAUGUAUGGAAAAUGUGGGAGGAUUGAUUUAGCUUAUGAAGUCUUCAGGGGGUUUCUUGAUAAGAAGGUGUUCUUGUGGAAUGCUAUGUUAGGAGGGCUUGCGAUGCAUUCCCGAGGAAAGGAAGCACUUGAGCUAUUCACCGAGAUGUUGGAUAGUGGAAUAAAGCCCAAUGAGAUCACCUUCAUUGGUGUAUUGUCAGCAUGCAGCCAUUCAGGCCUUGUCAAUGAUGGAUUGCAGAUUUUUAACAGUAUUGAUAAAGAUCAUGACAUUGUGCCCACCAUUGAGCAUUACGGGUGUUUGGUGGAUCUUCUUGGCCGUGCAGGGUUGUUACAUGAUGCAAAAAGGGUCAUUGAGACAAUGCCCAUGGCGGCCAAUGGCAGUGCUUGGAAAGCUCUUCUAGGAGCAUGCAGGCUCUACGGUGAUGUUGAAUUGGGAGAGCAGGUGGGAAAAAUUCUACUAGAGUUGGAGCCAAUGGAUGAUGGCAAUUAUGUGCUUCUAUCGAAUAUUUAUGCCAUUCAGAAUAGGUGGGAGGAUGUUGGUAGGUUGCGGAGGAUGAUGAGGGGAAAGGGAGUGAGCAAAACUCCAGGGUGCAGUUCGAUAGAAGUAAAUGGUGUGCUUCACAUGUUCAUAGCUGGGGAUUGGUCUCACCCACAAAGUCAGGAGAUAUAUAUCCUACUGGAUGAACUAGCCAAGCAGUUCUCUACAAAUUGGAAGCAGUCACAACUUAGAUGAUCGCUUCAGUUUUUAUGAUCAGUAUUUUUGUUAUAAAAUUUGAGGAUAUGAAGCUUGCAGUAGCCGAGUAUACUACCUGAAUGGACUCGUCGAGCUUACUGGUUCAUUUCGAUGAUCAGCGUCAAGCAAUGAUAUUAUGGAUCCAAUGGAAUGAAUUGCCUAUAUCUUGAGCGGUAUUCAUCUGUCAAAAUUUGGAUAAGUGGAUUAGACUUUUGGAUUUAUAAUUCAUCAUUCGGUUGAUUUCAAUGUUUGAUGAACACUGUUACUUUGCCAUGAGCAAGGUUAUAAACAUGGAAUAUCAUUCCUGACGUGAAGAAGUUAAAGGGGACAUACCAUGUUGGGAGAUAAACUAAUUCAGGUAAUAGAAGUGAUCAAUAGCAUAGCUCGUCACAGGGAUCGACAAUCAUGGAAGAAUCAUGAGAGAGUUAUGAAUAGGAGUUCCUGAGAUCCUUCUAGUCUUCGUUUCUUUCCAUAUAUGAUAGGGUAAGGAUAAGAAGAUGUUUGGAUUAUUAGUACUAUUUAAUUGCAUUCUGAUAGAUGUGUGGAACAAUGUAGAUAAAGGUAUUCUCAAUUGGAUACAUCAAGCACUAUAUCAAGUAUCAACUCUCUGAAGGCAGAACUUGAUGAAGGAUUUGAAUUCCUUUGUGUAUGGAAGAGAACUCAAUUGGCAGCAUGAUUACAUUUAUCAAGAUAAUAAACACUUGGCUCUUGAUAUGCAUUGCAAGGAACUCAGUUCUACACCUACAAUGAGAAAUUAGAUUUCAAGCAUCACAAUAUCCUUUUUUAUAGAUUCCCCACUAGGAAAUGUGCCAAAUGGAGUGUGCCGGUGGAUAUGGGCAGUGUUAUGAAAUGAGUCAUGAAUAGUGAGUAUAUGGACAGAUUAUUGGCCCCUCUAGCUGCAAAGACCAUUGUACAUCAAAGAGAACACAGAGGACAAACCGGCAAACAGAAAGAUGACUUCUCUUCUUUCAGAAACCAUCAGAUAUGUUAUUGUCUAUGUUAGUUAAUCUCAAAGCCAACGCCUUGAUAGCCUUUCAAUCAUCGAAGAAGAAACGACUAGCAUCAAAAAAGAGUAUAGACUGGUUAAACCAGCAAAGAAAAAGGUUACAUUUUUGUGAUGUUUAUUAUUAUAAGACCAAGGCUUUGGUGGCUAUUCAAACAUCAAUUCCUCUAAUUUUAUUCAAUGUAAAUUGCAAGAAAUUUUCUGUGACUUGAUCUUCAAAAUUAUUAUACUAACUAUGUGUUCCAAUCAAAAAAAAUUAUAGAUGUCGGCCGAUAAUCAUUAGCUCAACUGUAAAAUGCAAGGGACCUUGCUUGGCAUCGGUUACUGUCGUUGCCUUCAUUAUCAAUGCCCAUUUCAGAGAAUAAAUGGAGUCACCUUCAAAUCUGAAAAAUUGGAAGAACGAUAAAAAGGAGAGGGCAUGCGUAAUUCCAUGAUUGGGUGGAGAUGAGGAGUCGUGUGGGAGUCUCCUGGAAAUUAGUAGUACAUGGGGUGACGCAUUUCGUAGCUUCUGGUGUGAGACUUGCCACGGUUGCUAAGGUGGACGCAGGCAAUGACAACCUACAAUCAAAAUUGGGACACGUCUGUUAAUAUGUUAAUGGUCUUUGGAUUGUAAGAAACCCAACCCAUAUUAUUACAAUUUAGGCUUUAUCCAUAUUGUUAUGUUCAUACUCUGAACAUGCGUAGAUGUGCAUAGGCUGGCCAUUUGAUCGAGCAUGCAAAGGGCUAUAGCCAGAGUUCUGAUUGUAUCUUUUACAUGAAAGAAUGAUUGAUCUCCUUUCACGA